CUUUCCGUCACACAGGGUUAUAUUGAGCAAUACUACUGACUAAACAUGAACCACAUUUGCGUAGUCUAGGCAACACGCCCAGUACCAAGUAAAAAAAGAGAGAUUGCUCCACUGAGUGUCAGCCUUCCUCUCCAAAUGAAGGCGGUGCCUGAUUUAACUGUGGAUCUGAAAUGAAACUUAAACAGGUGUCGGAAAAACAGCAUCAUUCUCCAGGUGGAAUUUGAGGAAAUAGGACGUAGAGCGAUAAUGGCAACAGAUGAGCAACUUGGAGACAUGACCUCCAUGGCCAAAGCAGCCAAUGAGGACUGCUAUCUGGAAAAACAUCUUAACUGCCCCAUCUGCAUGCAAACAUUUACUGAUCCAGUGACCACAUCUUGUGGCCACUCCUUUUGUAAGACAUGCUUAGAACUAAGUAUCUCUUCUAAUCAGGUUGAUAGGACAUGUCCUCUUUGCAAAACGCACCUAAGGGAAGCCCCAAUGGUUAAUACUAUCCUGAGAGACAUUGUCCAAGAAGUAAAAGACUUAUUGAGUAAUAGGUGUACGGGGGCUUCUGGAGAAGUGCCCUGCGAUGUCUGCAUAGAGCCGAAGAACAAGGCUGCAAAGUCCUGCCUUAUAUGUCUGACCUCAUACUGUUCAACACACUUGAAGAAUCAUGCUUUAGCUGAUCGGCUGAGGGGCCACACACUGGUGGAACCAGUGGAGAACUUAGACACAAGGUCCUGCCUGGCACAUGGAUACCCACUUGAGCUUUAUAGCAGGAAACAGCAAAAGUGCAUUUGCGCUCGAUGUUUGGAUGAACCUCUGGAGGAAGUUGUGUCCGCUGAAGAGGAAUGUAAAAAAAAAAAGGAUCAAAUAGGAAACACCAAGACAGAGUUACAACAUAGGAUUAUGACAAGAAGAACAAAGAUUGAAGAGAUCAAUGAAGCUUUUAAGAGUUGUAAGGUACAUUAUAGAAAAAUAUGCCAUUGGAGAGAAUUUUGCAAGUUAUUUGUGGGGACGACCAAGGCAGCCAAAGCAAAAGCCCUGAGCCCACUUGAAGAUAAGUUGCAGUUAUUAAAAAAAGAGUCAAAUGACAUGAAAUACGAUUUGGAAGAUGAAAUCAAAAGACUCGAGACAACAAUUCUAAAACUAGAGGAAAUAUCUGCACUCGAAGAUCACAUCCUUUUCUUACAGAGGUACCCAUCUCUCAUAGUGCAGGACGACAUGAAAAACUGGACGCAUGUUAACCUUAACACAUCACUGUCUUUUGGUUCUAUGAGGGAAACAAUAGCAAUGAUUGAAGAUAUUCAGAUGGAGUUGGAAAAGAUGGCCACCAUUGAACUUAUGAGGUUCCCAAAGUAUACAGUGGACGUGAAGCUGGACCCAGACACUGCACACCGGCGCCUUGUUCUUUCUAGUGAUGGGAGCAAAAUGAAAGAUAGUGGAGAAAACCAAAUGGUAGCUGAUUCUCUGAAAAGAUUUGAUGUAGUUGGUAGCGUCCUGGGACACAACAGCUUGACGACUGGGAGGUCUUACUGGGAAGUGGAGGUCAGCAAUAAAACCGGAUGGGAUCUAGGUAUAGUCAGAGGCAGUGCUAAUCGUAGGGGAAGACCAAAUUUAAGCCCGGAAAAUGGGUACUGGGUUCUUGUACAUUUUGAAGAGUGUGAUGUACCUCAACCAUAUGCAGAUUAUGCAGCCAUGACCAGCCCACCAAUUUCUCUGUCCCUUAAAGACAAACCGAAAAAGGUCGGGGUGUUUUUGGACUAUGAAGAGGGCCUCCUGUCCUUCUACGAUGUGACAAACAAGUCUCAUAUUUACACAUUCUCCAAGUGCUCAUUCAGUGACGAGAUUUACCCAUAUUUCAGUUUACAUAUGAAAUAUGAGAUCAACUAUGAACCCAUGAUUAUUUCAAAAGUAAAAAUCUAGAUUGGCUCAAAUUCUAGUUUUUCUUUCUAGAAACUAAAGCUUUAGGGGGAAAAGUUGUAGGUGGCUGGUUUAGAAUUCAACUUCACAUUGUUCAUUAAAAUUAAUGAAAAUGUAUAUGGAAAUGGGCACAUGUGUGCUGCAUUCUAGGUUCAAAGAUCAAGGUGUCCUUAUUACUGACUAGAGUCUAUUCAUAUUAAAGUACUGUAGGAAAGCACUUUUAAAUGCAACCAACUUUUUAGAACCAUGUUUUAUCACUUUUAAGGUUAAGGCAAAAUGAAUCGAAGUUAAGAAGAAUGUGUAUCUGAUGUUUAUAGUUUGAUGUUAAUGUUUUUUUUUUUUCUUAAGUUUUACCUUAACUUAGAUUAAACCUAUUGGUUGCACUCCUUUAAAAAUACAUAAAUGUGAUUAUCAAGCUCUAAAUUGUUAAGGUUAGGCUAGUCUCACACUCAUUUUAUCAAUUUUAUGAAAACUCUUGGAUUAACUUUGGUGCUAAGGGUACUUUCUCUCCUUUAAAACAAAACUGCAAAAGUUUCUAAUGAUUUCACCAGGUACUGUGUAACUAUUCCUAAACAUACAUUACACCAUCGUCAAGAGACUAUUAUUGUUUAUAUUUUGUGAUGAUGUGAUUCAAUGCUGGACCCUGAAACAGACCGCUGAGUGAUUACAACUGAUGGUUUCGGCACAGUCUAUCUAAACCUUGGAGGGAUGUGAACCCAUUUCAAAAUGUUAAAAGCAUUCAACCAGUACAAAUGUCUGUGAUUUUACUUCUGUCUUCCUUAUUGUCUUUUAGCACAGAAAUAAAACUGAAGCUUACAAACAAUAUGAAUUUGACUGUAUGAUCUGUUUGAAUUAUCUCUGUAAACUGCCUCAAGAUGACGUGUUGUGAAUAGGUUCAAUAUAAAUAAAAUU